CGCUGGGCCAAUUGUACGCCGCAUGGGUCUCCCGGUCGCGGCCGGCUGAGACAGUGCCUUAGACCACUGCACCACUUGGGAGGCCUCAGGGCCUGGACUUGUUACUCUGUAUGUAGUCAGAGUAGUGGUGAGUGAGGUGGAAUGGGCAGAGUCCAGUCUGAUACUGUUUAUACAUGGCUAAGUCAUGAGUCAGACUGGAUUCAGCUUAAUCCACACAUACCACAUAUCCCUGUGCUAUCACAUGUUAUCUCUUCAAGUCAGUCCGUCCGUCAGACUCCAAACACAUCCUGUGCUCUUCAACUCUGUACCUGCCUAGCCCACUACUGCUGGAUGUACAGCACGAUUUCAUAAGAUUAGAUUUCAAAAUAUUUGACGAGUGGUGUGGAGGCCAAGAUGUCAUCGAAGAUGCCAAGCUCUAACAACGUAACUCAGGCCAGAAGGACAGUACAACAGCUAAAGAUAGAGGCCAGUAUUGAGAGGAUAAAGGUAUCCAAGGCCUCAGCGGACCUCAUGCACUACUGUGGCGAACAUGCCAAGUACGACCCUCUGCUCAUGGGCAUCCCUGCCUCAGAGAACCCCUUCAAGGACAAAAAGCCUUGCGCUAUAUUGUAAUGACCCCUUUAUGUAUCUGUUGGCUUUUUAAUGUUCCUGUAUGUCUUUUUUUUUCUACUCAUCCACCCAUCAUGCCUUAAAGCCUAUAACCUUACCCUUUAAUGAAAAUGUUGUAUUUUAUCACUCACGUUGAACAUACUUACAGACAUAAAAUACAGUGCAUUGAUACAGUACAUCGUUCAGAUAUACCUUGGGACACUGACUGUUAAUGUGUGUCUGAUUUAGCUCAGUGGAUUUAGCCGUUGUUUCCGACCAUCCCUUUAACAAGUCUGUUUUAAUCGUAUCUUCUGUCAUUUGUAUUAUAAUGACCUAAUUUAAUAUAUAUCAGGCUUUGGAGUCAUGGUUGGGACAUGUGGCUGUAUUGUCUUCUUCCCAUUGACUCAUCAUUGACUCGUGCCGCGUUCACGUGCUAGUCGGAACUAGGAAACUCAGACAUGUUUGACUUGCUAACUGGUUAAACAGGGCAUGUGUAUAACUACAACCAGUUAGCAAGUCAAACAUGUCAGAAUAACCUAGUUCUGACUAGCAUGUGAACGCAGCUUCCUGCUGUUUAUUAAUAACUUCCUGGUUCAGCAGGAUGGCAUCUGGACUGUCAGUGAGCAAUGGAGGAAGUAGACCCAGGGACAAAUAUUUUCUAAAAUAGACAUCAUCAGAGCCCUCAACCUUCUAUUAAUGUAAAGAGCAUAAGUUUUUGAUUAGUGGUGAGGAUAUUUUAACUCAAUGCCAAUUGUCGGAUGGGAAACUGCAGUGUACAGCUAAGACAGGUCAUUCACAACCUCAGUAUACAGCACUCCACCCAGCCAUUUAAACCAGGUGUUACAUAACAGAACACUGUGAGCCAAGUCGCCUUAACAUAUUUACGAUAGUGAUCAUGUAAUCAAUGUAUAGGUUGGUAUUUUAAAGAGGGGGUUCAGUUACAAGUAUUAUGUUGGGAGAGACCAUAGGAGGUGCACCAGCUUGGCACAUGGGUUGUUAUUAAUGGUGUAAUAAAUUAUUAACUAUGUGCACUAUACCAUGUAUUUGAGCAGACUGGUCUCAUAGACUAGAAGUAACAUAGUAAACGUACAUCCGGGACACUCAAAUUACACUCAACAAAAAUAUAAAUGCAACAUGUGAAGUGCUGGUCCCAUGUUUCAUGAGCCGGAAAAAAAAUCCCUGAAAUAUUUCCCUACGCCCAAAAAAUGAAUUUCUCUUAAAUGAUGUGCAAAAAAUUGUUUACACCCUUGUUAGUGAGCAUGUAUCCUUUGUCAAGAUAAUCAAUCCACUUGACAGGUGUGGCAUAUCAAGAAGCUCAUUAAACUGCAUGCUCAUUACACAAUUACACCUUGUGCUGGGGACAAUCGAAGGUCACUCUAAAAUGUGCAGUUUGGUCACACAACGCAAUGGCAAAAUUCUCACGUUUUGAGGGAGCGUGCAAUUGACAUGCUGACUGCAGGAAUGUCCACCAGGGCUGUUUCCUACCAUAAGCCACCUCCCACAUCAUUUUGGAGAAUUU